AUGUGCCGGUACUUCCCAGAGGGCGCACGCUACCUGGGUCCCGCAGAAGCUGUCCUAUUUGACCUGGGCUGCAGGUUCCUGUCGAGUGUGGGCGUGGGCGAAGCGUGGGCGGCUGUGGUCAGCGGUAACGUCACUCACGAGGCCAUAGUCACACGGACGCCCCUGCCACUCAAUAUUCUCAGUAGCUACGAUGAUGUCCUGCGUCCUGUCCACCAAGGACUGGCUCUCAGUGUGGUAGUACCAGCACGUCCAACCUUGCAGUGUAGGUGGCACAGCCGCCCGGGGAUGGCACAACAGAGACACUUCUGCGACACCUACGAUGGCUUUCCUGAGUUGUGUAGGUGCGAGCAUCCUCUCACCCCACCAUCUGCCACUCUCAGAGCACCAAGAAUGGCACUGAAGGAGAGCAUCCCGUGUGUGGUGGCAACGUCAAAGCAUCCUUACCACUUGUACAGAGUUCUGCUACAGCUGGUACAGAUGGCUGGUGGGGCCCAGACACCAUUUUUCAUCAGGCUGGAGGGUGACUGCCCAGCCACAGAGGACCUCGCCCGACUAUUCAAUAUCCCCUUCAGGAAGUACUACACACCGGUGGUGGACAAGAGUACACAGAGCGUGACACAGCUGAUCUCUGUGGUGACACGGAGUGCAGUGAAUGACACCUUCACCUGGUACCCACACGCUGACAAGGUCAUCUUCAUGGAAGAUGAUGUGCUCCUCAGUCCGGACUUUCUCUGGUACUUCCAGCAGACAGCUCAACUCAUGGACGAUGACCCAACCAUACUGGCGGUCUCAGCACACCACACUUACUCCUUUCCUGGGCUGGGCUUCAACCCAACACGACUUCUUCGUGGGAUCAUGCCUCCUCAGUGGGGGUGGAUGGCGACGCGCAGGUUUAUCCAGGCUUGGGCCCCAGAUUACUGGGGAGACUGGGACUACUGGGUGAUGGCCAUGGCACGGUCGAAGGGUCUAGAUAUAGUGUUUCCCGAAAUAUCUCGCUCCCUCCACGCUGGAAGCUGUGGCACUCACAUUGACGGCUUCCUCCAGGCAAUGGUCUUCAGUCGGCAGUCAGCCAUUCGCACCCUCACGAAUCUUACUGGCAUUGAUGGAUUAUUUCGAGAGGCGUACUCAGCAGAGGUGCACAGUGAUGUGGCCCGAGCCACACCUCUCACUCUGACAUCACCAAGUGACUGUGGCCCUAACCUUGUGCCAAUUAAACAGGACGGUCCAUUUGUUAUGUUCUUCAGUGACCAGCGGGAACGCUACGCUAUCUUACUAUGUCUUGGAAUGUACACUGGUGACAUACGGGGAGACUUCGAGCAUGUGCAGAUCCUACGGAUCCAAGGCCACAAGCUGUACCUGGUAGAGUGCCCACAGUCACCACACUGUGUGAGUGUACCUCAACACUACACAGCUGUACCUCAUGAUGACCACCUGAUGGAGGCACUGACGGCCCUUGAUUUCUUCCGACGGAGCCGGGAGCUGCGAACAGCCUUUCGGGUCAGACGACCCUCUCGGGAUUUCCUGGAGGAGGCGCAGCUGGACAAUGUUAUCACAGGGUAUGCUGUCACCGGCAUGGAUGGUCCCACACUCUUCCUGAAUAAGGGACUGGUGAUGCCAAUAGAAACACAAAAGGUGCCAAGCGGGAUUUUUGGGUCUACCAGUCAAUAUGACAUUAUUAGUGAAAGUGAACCAAGUGGCAAUGCACAGUUCCAAAUUCAUGAUAUUUACUCAUUGAAAAAUGCUGUGAAAGACAGUGAAUUUGAAAAGUUUUACGAAGACAUUAGUGACAAAGUUAAAAACAAUGACAGUCUGCAUUCUGUAGUUAAAAUCAACCAUGAAGCUGAUGUAAGACCAAUGAAGGUAUUCAGAAAUCAGAGAGCAAUAAGUAUUGAAGCGAUGGGUCCACACACAUACGCUUACUACAAAGUCUGCGUAACGUCCACCUGUGUAGUUUGGGAUCCCUUGUUACCCCACCAGCAUCUGCCGUACCUGCUGAAUGUUGCAGCUGAGAAGUCCCAAACUGACAAUAUUUCAUAUGAUGUGACUUUAGAAUUCACUGUCCAAGAUUUUUAUAACAAUCCAGGCUUGUUCGAUUAAUAUCACUAAAUUCUGAACAGUUCCUUAUACAAUGUACUGUACGCGAAGUAGUGCAUAUAAAUCUGUUCAAAUAUUAUACAAUCGGUGAUUUAUUCAUCUGGCUUGUGAAUAAAGUGCUCUUGUGAGGGGAUAAUAUUAACAGUAUGAUAACUAAACAUGAUCAUUCUAGAAUUACUUUAUCUAGGUAUAUUUCCUUUUACUUACUGCCCCCUGUUCACCCAUCAGUAAAUAGGUAUCCGAGGAAGGCGAGACAUAGGCAAUGAAAGUCUUUCCAUCUGCUGCCCCUGUUCACCUAGGAGUAAAUAAGUAUACCUGGGUGCUAGCAGACUUGUGGAUUACAUCCUGAGGGACAAGAUUAACCUGAAAUACUCUACAUAACCAGGAGCUUUCGCUAUAGUAUGCCAGUGAUGUCAGCUAGGUCUGUAUCAGUUGUACCAUGUAAUUGUUGAAAUAGUUUAUUAUUAUUUUCUUAACUGGUGGUGAACAGGGGACCCAGAGUGUCAUCGAUAGGCCUAAUUAACCAACCACCCAAAUCAAUCAGGGUAAUCACACAAUACCUAGUAACCACUUUGAUAAUAAUAAUAAUAAUAAUGUAAGUAAAAAUAAUUCUCAUGAAAAUGAUUCAUAAUUCGUAAUAUAGUGUUUGUGUUUGAAUUCUCCCUUCAAGGGAAAUUGGUUAAAGGCUCGUGAUCCGAGGAACUGCGAAUAAAAAAAAAUGAAAUUCCUUUCUCCUCCCUUGGAUCAAGUCUGAUUAGCUUCCAUUCCAUAGGCACUGUAGGACCCCUCCUGGUUUAACGCUUUCCCAUAAAUAUACGUGUCCAUGAAGUCAUUAUGCAGAUAAAAUAUAUUUUGGUUAACUUUACAGUUUUCUUUCGUACAUAACAACUAUAGGUUUACAACUAACUGGUAGCUAUGAAGAUUUAACCUAGGAUAACAAAAGACAGGUUAGUGUGAUUUAUUUGUUUAUAUAUAGCAACGAAAUAUUAAAGUUUGACUUUAAAAAUUGUCUACUGUUAGAAGCUAAGAUGUCAAGGAUACUGAGUCGACUUAUUAUUUUGUUUAAAAUAAGGGCCACAAGUAUAAGCCAUAUUAUUUUCACGAAAUUACGGUAUACGUACUGGAAAAUUUUGAGGAAUUUACAUAAAAUCCUCUGAACGCUUAUAUCUAGACUUCAUUAAGUAUGUAUGAUGAACUUUUGUAUGAUAAUCGACACCAUGCCCAGCCCUUCUAGAGUAAGGUAGGUGCCUGAGCCCGAGCUUGCAGCUUAGCAGACCAGAGAGCCCUAGCUUCACCCUACGAGAAGCUAGGCCUGGGGACAGUUGGUCCCAAAGAUGAGGGGGUACUUGUGCCUCCUAUGGGAGACUUAGGUCUCAGACACUCCCUAGACAGGGAGCCAAGGCCGGGCCACCACUUGGAAAAGGCCUGGGCCGGGAGAAAUAAGAUAAGAUUUCGUUCGGAUUUUUAACCCCGGAGGGUUAGCCACCCAGGAUAACCCAAGAAAGUCAGUGCGUCAUCGAGGACUGUCUAACUUAUUUCCAUUGGGGUCCUUAAUCUUGUCCCCCAGGAUGCGACCCACACCAGUUGACUAACACCCAGGUACCUAUUUGCUGCUAGGUGAACAGGACAAUAGGUGUAAGGAAACGUGUCGAAAUGUUUCCACCCGCCGGGAAUCGAACCCGGGCCCUCCAUGUGUGAAGCGGGAGCUUUAGCCACCGGUCGAAUCUUUAAUAAUAAUGAUGACGCUAAUCCAUGUUUUGGGUUUUAAACUAUCAUUAACUGGUGAUGUACAGAUGUCAUAAAGCCUUUAUUGACUAGUGUGGUCUAUAGACGUAUAUAAAAACAAUUUAUAAAAUGUUAUAAUGGUGGAAUUACCAACAAUGUGUUAGGUAAAAGGACACAUGUGCAACUCUCCUUUUACCUAACAUAACAGUAUAAAACAGCCAAAUUAGCAUCCCCUUUAGUAAAUUAUUAAGCGUCUAUAGAACUACAAUUUAAUUUGCAUAAACAUUUGUAAACCAAAUAUUAUUUCUAUUUUAACGUAGUUACCCACAAAUUUACUUUUGUUUUCUUUGAUAGUAUCAGGCCGGAUCCUGCGCAGUCAGCCUUUUUAUACUGAAUAAUCCACAACAAAUAAAUUUGGAAAAAUUAUUACAUUAUAUUACGUUAGCAAGACAUACGUAAAUCAGCCAGAUUUACUUAUUUCGGAAGAUCAUUAACAGAGAGACGAAUAAAUCCAUUAUAAUAAUAAUCCAUAUAAUGGAGACGCCAGGCCGCGACCCACGGAAUCAGUGGUCCAUGUGCAGACGAACACGGGAACAAAGACAAUUUUCCUGGUCUCUCCCGGUCAUUGUUAUGCUCGUAUAUUUUACUGUGUGAUCUGUUGAUCUUCAUAAUUACUUACCGAAAUCUGGAAACUGUAACUGACCAUUAGUUAGAAGAUAUCAUGUUUUAGCUAAAUUAUUAUGGUUAUUAUUAUACCCGAGGCCCUUACCUUCUGGUGUAUACACAAACCAUAAUUUGAAAGGGGCGGUUAUAGUACUAAUGGUUAUAAUUUUAAUUUUUAAGAGAGGGUGGACCGGUAAGCCAGCGGAAGGCCUCAGUCAGAUGACCAAAAGCUCCAGCUACGGGUCAUAUUCAAAUUCAGAUUUUUAUUUCUUUGCAAAGUUUACAAUGUGUGACUGAUAUGUUAUAAGGAGUCUAUUCCCAUGCAUAGUUUACAAUGUUUAAUUACAAUAUUGAUUUGCAAGUGCAACGAAAGCCACUAUCAUGCCGAGGCAUUUCUAAGAUUACGACCCACGUUAGGAAACAUUUGUAAUAUUUCCUGACAAACCUAACCUAACCUGGUGUGUAUUACCAUAUUAUAUAUAUCUGCCUUGAAGGGAUACAACCUUAAUGCUUCAUUAAAUUAUGUUUAUUAGGGGUUAUUUUAUAUUGUAAAUAAAUAUCAUCGAUUUAUAAAUGAGGAAAUAAAAACAUUACUGUUUAAGGUUAAGAAUUCCCAAGAAAUAAGUUUUAUUCAGGCUAAAUUUAUUGAUUUUUUUUUAAUUCUACUUUAUUAUGUAUUCGCAGGGAAGUAAUAUGCGGGGUAUAUACAUUGAGAUGUGUAUGUAUAUACUGAGAGUUUACUUUUAUCCCUAGUUUAGGGAUUUGAAUAUUCUUGAUUAUGUGAGUUAG